AUGCUGAAGAGGCAAACUUUCAUAUGCGUGCUCUGCAACGCGCUCUUCAGCUUUGGAGCUCCUCAACAUAGGAUAGAGGAACAGCUCAUGGCCGCUGCUCGCAUUCUGAACGUCCGGAUGGGGGUCAUACAACUUCCCGCGAUCGCUUGGAUUGCAUUCCCGAGACAGGGAGGACUGGAUAAGUCUCUCCACAUUAUCAGGUGCCAGGAAGGUCUAGCGCUGGGAAAGCUCCACCAAGUGCACCAAAUCUCUCGUCGGGUAAUGCACGACGAGAUAUACGCCUCUGAAGGCCGCAGACAGAUCGAUGUGCUUCUUAACUCGGGUCCCGAGUAUGGGUUAGCGCUUGGGAUAUUCUUGCAGUUCUGGAUUUCUGCUAUCAUUUGUGGGUUGGCGUUUGGAGGUUCAUUCCUGGACAUGUGGGUUGGGGGAUUCGCAGGUGCAUCUAUGCGUUUCAUGCAAUCGAGGGUGCAAGACAAGACAAAGUAUUACCUCGCAGAUCUCUGUUUGGCAACACUUAUCUCGUUCGCAGCGCGUGGGUUAUCUAGCAUCACUGUUCCAGACCAGCUAUUCUGCUACACCGCGAUCACAUACUCUGGAAUAGUUGGCAUCCUCCCUGGGUUCCUGGUGCUGACCGCCGCCCUCGAGAUUGCCUCUCGUAACAUGAUGACGGGCGGCAUCAAAGUCGUGCGCGCGCUUGCCCUCACGCUCUUUAUUGGCUUUGCGCUUCAGCUGGGCGACCAACUCUGGCGGAUAAAGGACAUCCACGCCGGGUGCUACCGCCCGGAUACCUUCCCGUGGUACCUCCGCAGCUGGCCGUGGUGGACUCAGAUUUUUGCAGUGCCAAUCUUCUCCGCGCUCGCAUCGCUCGGGAACCAGCAGCCAUGGCGUAGCUGGGACUUCCCCGUCAUGGUCGUCAUCUCGUGCGCCGCGUACGCCGCCAACUGGGCAGCUAACCAUUUCAUCCACUCCCGUCUCGAGUUCGUGGCCUUCAUCGGCGCGUUCGUGGUCGGGCUGAUCGGUUCGGUGUAUUCGAGGGUCGCGAAGCGGACGGCAUUCACGGUCAUGGUCACUGGCGUCUGUUUCCUGGUGCCGAGCGGUUUGGCGGAGACGGGAGGAAUCAGUGCGCAGGACAACGCGAUCCCGAUCGAAUAUGCGAUGAUCAGAACGGGGUUGGGAAUAGCGGUCGGUCUGCUGUUCAGCGCGAUCCUCACUUACUCCAUCGGUGGCACGAAGCAUUCUGGUACGAUGACGUUCUGA